CACGCGCACACACACACACACCACAUUCCACACACACCACACACACACAUCCCCCAGCCCCCACCUCCGCACUCCUCACCAAAGCGUCAGACUCCGCGGCACCAAAUCGGCUCCGGCUCUCUCCAGCCUCCUUCUAAAAGUCACUGUCGACAAAUUCACUCUCCGCUUUGCCCUCACACACAGACGCACACACACACGCGCGCACUUUGCUGUCACACACAGACACACACACCCGCGCGCACUUUGCUCACACACGCGCGCGCAUUCUAUUAGCACGGUUGGCUACGUACGGUGCGAAAGAAGUCCAACAUACGUACAAUUUGGGGCGUCUUUCUAUUAUAAUCCGUUACGUAGGUGCAUUGUUAACGUGGACUCCGAUGGCUUUCAUUGGAAGAUAUUGUAACACGCAGUGUGGAGCAAUCGAAGGGGAGUAAUCCUUCAAAGCCACAAACCGCGUUUCGUGAGAUGACACGGGACGUCAUUGUCACCACCACUGCGACUUCACGUAGCUUAAGGAGCACAGAAGAAAGUUCACUCACCAAUGUCCGGCUAGUGCGACGAGCUUUCAUGGCUGGUUGAUGACCAUCAUCAUCAUCACCACCAUCAUCAUCGUCGUCGUCGUCAUGGGAGUGAUGAUAGCGCUGACGGUGGCAUUAUCGGCGAUGCUGGGCUGCGCUCGGAGCUCUCAGCCCAUGGACAACCUCUCCCUCUCAUCGUCCACGCGAGUCGAAAUUCCCGACGCGGGCGCUUGCUGGACCUGUUCCCUUCCGCUCCAACACGAGCUCCAUCAACGUCGUCACCACCAGGCGACGACUCAGCAGCAGCAGCAGCGUCGACAUGAACAUCAGGAUCGUCAGCACUACGACCAUCAUCAUCAGCAGCAAAGUACGGGGCAGCGAGGAGAGCUCGCCUCGAUCCUCACCGAGGCCGUGAAGCAGCACAUCCUUGCCCGACUCCAACUGCGCGCGCCUCCCAACGUGAGCAGGCGCGCGCCCGUGCCGCGCCGCGCCGUCCUCAGCGCGCUCAGGCGCCUUCACCACCACGGGGGGUCGCGACCCCUAACGGGGGCCCCGGCGCACGGGGUCCACCAAACCUGGGCCGGACACGCACGGAGGAGGGCGGGGUACGACGACGACGCUUCCACCAGCGACAGCAGUGACAAGGGGGAUGCUGCUGCUGAUGAUGAUAACGAUGAUUAUGAUGACGAUUCUGAUGAGGAUGAGGAUUAUGACGAUGGUGGUGGUGGUGGACGUGCCAAGUAUGGACACUCGUCUCGCCGUGGAGAGAGAAGGCAGCGCGGGGAGAUGUCAGAGAUCGUGAGCUUCGCAGAGCCAGACCGCGGAUGGAGCGGGGAACUUCGCUUCCACGUGCUGGGCGAGGGCGGCCGCCGCCUCCACGUGAACCAGGCGUCGCUGUGGCUCUACCUGAGGAUGGAGGGUGCCGGCGGCAAGGCAGGAGGUGCUGCUGGCGGCGGGGUCAGAGGCGGUGGCAGAGCCAAGGGUGGGCCCAGGGGUGGAGCCAAUCUUGAGGCUGGUGGACGAGGAGGAGGAGGAGGCGACUUGGAUUCGUCAUCGGCAUCAGUAGCAGUAGUAGCAGGAGAAGAUAAGACCAAAAGUAGCGAUGUGACGGGAGGCGUGGACAGCAGGUCUGGAGGUGGUGGUGGUGGUGCGGAUGGUGGGGGCACAGCAAGGGGCAACCCUCGGCACAAGUGGCACCACCACCAGCAGCAGCAGCAGCACAAGCAGCAACGACAGCGGCUGAGAGCACGUAACCGGCAACGCGCGGCCCUCGUCACGGUGAGAAUCCAAGUGGCCGGUGCCGCGCCCUCCUCCCCCUCCUUCUCCAAGAGGCUGAUGCUGCGGCGGGCGAGCUGGCGCGCCGUGCCGCUGGAGGCCGCGGCCGUGCGGGCCGCGCUCGAGCGGGCCGGGGGCCGCGUCUCGCUGCGGGUGUCGUGCCCGGACUGCGGGCCCGCGGGAGUGGCGCUGGGGCCGCGCCGCGCCUCGGCGGCGGCGGCGGCGGCCGCGCGCGUCGAUCCGAGCGCGCACCGCGCCUUCCUGCUGCUGCGCGCACGGGACAGCGGGGCGACGCGGGCCAGGGGAAGGAAGCGAAGGCGAGGGCUGGAGUGCGACGGCGUGGCGGCGCCGCUCUGCUGCCGCAGGCACUUCUACGUGGACUUCGGGGCCAUCGGCUGGGCCGACUGGAUCAUCGCGCCCGCGGGGUACUUCGCCAACUACUGCGAGGGGAAAUGCCCCGCGUUCAUGAGCGGCGCGCUGGGCACGGCCGCGUCCUUCCACAGUGCCGUGCUAAGUCAGUACCGGCUCCGCGACACGACGGCGCCGGGUGCCGGCUCGUGCUGCAUCCCCACGCGCCUCAGCGCCAUGUCCAUGCUGUACUUUGACGAGGACCAGAACAUCGUGAAGAAGGACGUGCCCAACAUGAUCGUGGAGGAGUGUGGGUGCGUAUGAUGGGUUCGUGCUUUGGGAGGGGGCAGGUGGUGGUGGUGGGUGCGUGCACGGUCGGUCGGUUGUUGAAUAGAUGGUUGGUGGAAGGUUGAGUGGAUGGAUUUAUGUUUGGUGGAUCGAUGGAUUGAUUGAUUGAUUAAUAGAGGAUUCAUGGAUGGAUUAUAUUAUAGAUUGGCAGGACCCUCCUGGGUGAACGAACGUAAUAAUAAUAAUAAACGAUAGAUGAAUUAAUGGACGGAUGGAUGGGUGGAUAGACUAAAGGAUAGAUGGAUAAGUGGAAUGAAAAAUUAGAACAGAUGGGCGUAGGAAGGAAUGAGUGUAUGGCUGCACUUGGAUGGAAAGGUGCAUCUGUAGAUGAUUGGUAGAUUAAUGAAUGAAUGGAUAUGUGUGUUGAGGUUGUGAUAAAGAUGGUCUGCAACGCAUGCAAAGACAAAGAUCACGCGUAUAGCCUUGACAGACCAUUGGGGCCAGUUCUGCAAGCAAGCACCUAUG